AUGAGUUCUGACAGUAACUCGCAUACCAGCAGAGGAGAAAGUGUUGCUCCACAUAGCUCAUCACUCCAAUCAAACAGCCCCAGUCACCAACACGUGAUGAGUGAUCUUCUUCCGGACUCGCCUCAGUCCGAUCAGCUCCAAGAUGUUAACAUGCCCGACAUACAAUCAGAAAACUCUCAAGAACUCUCAAUCGAUUCUCUAUCCUCAGUCCGCUUUUCAAGUGAAGAGAGUAUCAUCGAACACAGAUCUGAUUCACAAGACCAAUCUAUGGAACAACCCAUGUUUCUUGCAGGCUCCCAUGCUCUUAACGAAUGUAAAUGUUUUGAUCCUGUAAGCCCCAUCGAAUAUGAAUCCGAAAGUGAUUCUCGACCUCAAUCUGUCGAUCUAGAAAACAUGAUUCUAUUCAGGGACGAGGCAUCACCAGGUUUCCUAGAUGAACUAAGCCAAGGAAUAAGUGACAGUUCCGAUUUCGAGCCGGCACGCCCUCUGAGAAGAGUUGAGUUAGGACAUGACCCGGAGCUUAAUUUGGCUGACCCAACCUUGUUGACUCCGAGGAGACUCUGGAGAUAUAUCCAUGGUGAAGUGGAUGCGUUGGGUAAUCCUAGAAGUCCUACUUCUAUAGAACUACAUAAAAUUCGACAAAUCACUCCAGAUCCACUUUCAAGUGACAGUUCAACUAGCUCUGAAGAAGAAGAACGAUCAAUACGAGAACUACUUAUCCCGGCUGACCGUUCUCUCAACCGUUCCAGCUCUAUUGAUACUGAAGGCUCGCUCGAAUACCUACCCGCGAUCGAAUCUGGAUCUGAUCAUCAAAAUCAAAGCAUUCAAUCUCGUCCACCUACUCCUGGACCUGGAUGGUCUGACGGAAUCGAGGUAGGACAAAUGUUUGAUUCUCGUGGAUCACCACUCACAAGCGAUUCUUCUGACGGUGAAGAACUUUCAUCAACCCAAGAUCGUAGCGCUCUUCAUCACUAUGCCAGGCUGGUCGAGCGACAGCCAACACCAGGCCCGUCGCAUCAACAAAGUCCAAAUUCCGGGAACCCUCAUUCAUUGAGUCCAGAGACUUUGAGACUUUGGCGAUUAGGUUUUGUAGAUGCAAGAGGAAGAAGAUCACCUCAUUCUAUGAGACACUCCUCUCCUUGUUUAGGUCCGAGCUCAAGAAAUGUGUCAGUAGGAGAUUCAGAUAUCGCCACAAAUUCGCCAAGAGACGAGGUCAGUGGUUUGACUCAGAACCUUGAAACUGUGAGCGCAUUAAAACCUAAAGGCAAGAAAAGAAAAAAUCAAGCCACCGACUCACCUCUACCCCCGAAGAAGAAGACCAAACCCGUCAAGAAAUCUACACCAUCAAAGAAGAGAGAAGAACCUCAAGCUCAACUUACUGAUGUUUCUUGCACCAUAAUUUCCCCUGCUAUGCCUCCAACUCCGACCCAACCUCAAGCUCAACCUAUUCCUUCUUCUCAAACCAGAAGCUCGCCUGCUUUACCAACCACUCCGCCAAAACCUCAAGACCAACCUUCUGGUGUUUCUCGUGCCGGAUCUCAGCCUGCCCGGCCUGAGACUCUACCAGAACCUCAAGCGAAGGGAGAAUCAAGUCCACCUCAAAUCCAAGCACAAGCUGAAACUCAAAUGGAAGGUCAAGCUCAAAGGCCUGUAAGAGCUUUGAGACCUAGAAGAUUAGAUGGAAGAGCUGCUACUGAUUUAAGAGCAAGAUCUUUCGAAGUAGGAAUUGAUUCAAAUCAAAAUAAGAAAAAGAGAGGAGUUAAAAAGACUCAAAAAUAA